GCAGGGUUAGAAAACCCAUGUUGCCAGAACGGGGAAUUAUGGGAACAAUAUGUCUGCGCCCAGUCUUUACCCUGAUAUCUAUAAAAUAACACUUUUAUAGUUGAGUUACUAAAACGAUUCCUGUUAUCAGAACGGCAUUGUUGUGGUUUUAACUGAGAGGAUGUCUGAAAACACCGAGCAGAAGAACGGACCUGGGUUCUCCAGGGCAGCGAUUGCUGAGAUGUUGAUGAAGAACUUUGAGAAGCUGCCUGACAUUGAUCAGAAGCUCUUCAUGUACGGACCCAUGUACCUAGGGGGAAACGCCGGGCUUGCGGGGCUGAUCGCCAACAGCCUGUACCGGAGGGCUCUGAACGUCCGAGCGGCGCGCUUCGUCUCCAACCUGCCGAUGGCCGUGCUGCCCUUCCUCACCACCGCCGCCCUGUACAACGCAGCGGUGUCCCAGCCGCUGCUGACCGGGGAGCUCAACUGCCCCACCUGCUCCCUGAUCAGAGGCGCGCUGGUUGGGGUGGUCGGUGGUGGGCUCUACCCGAUCCUGCUGGCUUUACCCCUGAAUUUCGGCCUUGCAUCCAGAUACAGCUCGGCUCCGCUGCCAGAGAAGGGCACCAUCCUGCGGUACAGUUUGGACAUCUCCAGACCCGUCUUUAAUAAGAUGAGGGCAGUUCUUCUGCUGCAGGCUUUAUUCGGCACCUACCUGGGCUCCAGACACUUCCAAAGUUACACCAAGCUGGCCCAGAUAACCUUUGGCAAGGAUGAAGUACUGCAGCUGUGAAAGAACUGGACUGAGAAUAACCACGUUCUUUAAUACUGAUGUAAAUCUGAUUUACCUCUGUUUGUUUCCCAGAAAUAAAACGAAAUAUGAACUAA